GAGGAGGAGGAGGCUUCAAGUGGACGCUGGUUCUUUUAUUCCUGGGCGGAAGGGGCGACGGUGCUGAAGGUGAGGAGUCUGGGCCGUCAGCAACCCGCGAGGACUUGAAGUCGAGGCGGCGUCCAGAGUGGCGCCGGACUCCGGCCGGGGAGCAGCUGCUGCUGGAAGGAAAGAGCGACAGCUCGAGUGGCCCUCCUCCCUUUGUGUCUGGGGUGGGGUCCACGAGAGGGCGGGCCUCAGACCGGGUCUCACCUCGGCGGCCUGGCACUGUGUGCUCCGCCCGCGGGGGUGACGUCUAUCUCUCCGCGGGUCAGAGGUCUCCGGGGGUCUUGAGGCGCCUGGGACUGCGGAGGCUCCGGAGCUGCACUUGUGAGGCCCGGACUUGUCCCGGGGCCGUGCGUCCUUCCCUACAUUCCCUUUAGGAAGCCCCCAUUGCUUACCUCCCCAACCCCACUCCCACCCCCACCCGGACUUCGCGGUCCGUCCUUGCAGGGCUGACUUUCCCAAUAAGACCUUUGUGCAGAGGUUUGGGUAAGUUUGCGCCUCGCUUUUCUGCCCGAGCUGGGUUCUCUGGAGGUUCAGUAGCCGAUUUCAGGGACUCAGAAUUCUGGGACAAGGAAUAAUUGAUAACCGUCCUGCUCCUGUACCAGGAAGAGAAAUUACCGAAAGAGGAAGCAGCCAACUAUUACGGUUUUCCUGGAUGAGAUUGCUCUUUACGCUCUAUUUCACAUCUUUGAAGAGUCUGAUUUUACAUUUUGAUGUGGUUACAAAAGGCUCCAUGCCCAGUGUGGGGUUUGAACUCAAGACCCUGAGAUCAAGAGUCACAUGCUCUACUGACUGAGCCACCCAGGCACCCCUGUUAACUCUUUUUGUGGAUAUUUUUGCAUACAUAUGUGAAUGUCUCCUUGAGCUCAUGGUUGACAGUUCAGAGAGUGAAAAAUUUGAGGGAGGAUGGACGCAAAAGCUCGAAACUGUUUGCUUCAACAUAGAGAAGCCCUGGAAAGAGACAUCAAAACGUCCUACAUCAUGGAUCGUAUGAUUAAUGAUGGAGUUUUAACAGUGUCGGAGGAGGAAAAAGUAAAAAAUGAGCCCACUCAACAGCAGCGAGCAGCUCUGUUAAUUAAAAUGAUACUUAAAAAAGAUAAUUAUUCCUACAUAUCGUUCUACAAUGCUCUCAUACAUGAAGGGUAUAAAGAUCUUGCUGCCCUUCUCCAUAGUGGCAUUCCUGUCAUCUCUUCUUCCAAUGGUGGAAAAGAUUCAGUUGGUGGAAUAACUUCAUAUGUAAAGACAGUCCUGUGUGAAGGUGGCGUGCCACAGAGGCCAGUUGUUUUUGUUACCAGGAAGGAGCUGGUGAAUGCAAUUCGGCAGAACCUAUUCAAACUAAAUGGUGAACCAGGAUGGGUUGUCAUAUAUGGAAUGGCAGGUUGCGGGAAGUCUGUUUUAGCUGCAGAAGCUGUUCGAGAUCAUUUUUUCUUAGAUGGUUGUUUCCCAGGGGGUGUGCACUGGGUUUCAAUUGGGAAACAAGACAAAUCUGGACUUCUGAUGAAGUUGCAGAAUCUUUGCACACGGUUGGAUCAGGAUGAGAGUUUCUCUCAGAGGCUUCCACUCAAUAUCGAAGAGGCUAAAGACCGUCUUCGCAUUCUGAUGCUGCACAAACACCCAAGGUCUCUGUUGAUCUUGGAUGAUAUUUGGGAUCCUUGGGUAUUAAAAGCUUUUGACAAUCAGUGUCAAAUUCUUCUUACAACCAGAGACAAGAGCGUUACAGAUUCAGUAAUGGGUCCUAAAUAUGUAGUCUCUGUGGAGAGUGGCUUAGGAAAAGAAAAAGGACUUGAAAUUUUAUCCCUUUUUGUUAGUAUGAAGAAAGCAGAUUUGCCAGAGCAAGCUCACAGUAUUAUAAAAGAAUGUAAAGGUUCUCCUCUUGUAGUGUCUUUAAUUGGUGCACUUUUACGUGAUUUUCCCAACCGUUGGGAUUACUACCUCAGGCAACUUCAGAAUAAGCAGUUUAAGAGAAUAAGGAAAUCUUCUUCUUAUGAUUAUGAGGCUCUGGAUGAAGCCAUGUCUAUAAGUGUUGAAAUGCUCAGAGAGGACAUCAAAGAUUAUUACACAGAUCUUUCCAUCCUUCAGAAGGAUGUUAAGGUGCCUACAAAGGUGUUAUGUAUUCUCUGGGACAUGGAAACUGAAGAAGUUGAAGACAUACUGCAGGAGUUUGUUAAUAAGUCUCUCUUAUUCUGUGAUCGGAAUGGAAAAUCAUUUUGUUAUUAUUUACAUGAUCUUCAGGUAGAUUUCCUUAUAGAGAAGAAUCGCAACCAGCUUCAGGAUCUGCAUAAGAAGAUAAUCACUCAGUUCCAGAAACAUUACCAGCCACAUACUCUUUCACCAGAUCAGGAGGACUGCAUGUAUUGGUAUAAUUUUCUGGCCUACCACAUGGCUAGUGCCAAUAUGCACAAAGAACUUUGUGCUUUAAUGUUUUCCCUGGAUUGGAUUAAAGCAAAAACUGAACUUGUAGGCCCUGCUCAUCUGAUUCAUGAAUUUGUGGAAUACAGGCAUAUAUUGGAUGAAAAGGAUUGUGCAGUCUGUGAAAAUUUCCAGGAAUUUUUAUCUUUAAAUGGACAUCUUCUUGGACGACAGCCAUUUCCUAAUAUUGUACAACUGGGUCUCUGUGAACCAGAAACUUCAGAAGUUUAUCAGCAAGCUAAGCUGCAGGCCAAGCAGGAGGUCGAUCAUGGAGUGCUUUACCUGGAGUGGAUAAACAAAAAAAACAUCAAGAAUCUUUCCCGCUUAGUUGUCCGCCCCCAUACAGAUGCUGUUUACCAUGCUUGCUUUUCUGAGGAUGGUCAAAGAAUAGCUUCUUGUGGAGUUGAUAAGACCUUACAGGUGUUCAAAGCUGAAACAGGAGAGAAACUGCUAGAAAUCAAGGCUCAUGAGGAUGAAGUGCUUUGUUGUGCAUUCUCUACAGAUGACAGAUUUAUAGCAACCUGCUCAGUGGAUAAAAAAGUGAAGAUCUGGAAUUCUAUGACAGGGGAACUAGUGCAUAUCUAUGAUGAGCACUCAGAGCAAGUCAACUGCUGCCACUUUACCAACAACAGUCAUUACCUUCUCUUAGCCACUGCGUCAAGUGACUGCUUCCUCAAACUCUGGGAUUUGAAUCAAAAAGAAUGUCGAAAUACCAUGUUUGGCCACACAAAUUCAGUCAAUCAUUGCAGAUUUUCACCAGAUGAUAAGCUUUUGGCUAGUUGUUCAGCUGAUGGAACAUUAAAGCUUUGGGAUGUGAAAUCAGCAAAUGAGAGGAAAAGCAUUAAUGUGAAGCAGUUCUUCCUAAAUUCAGAGGAGCCUCAAGAGGAUAUGGAAGUGAUAGUGAAAUGUUGUUCAUGGUCUCCUGAUGGUGCUAGGAUAAUGGUGGCAGCAAAAAAUAAAAUCUUCCUUUUUGACAUUCAUACCAGUGGCUUACUGGCAGAAAUCCAUACAGUCCAUCACAGCACCAUCCAGUAUUGUGACUUCUCUCUGCAAAACCAUUUGGCAGUGGUGGCUUUGUCCCAGUGCUGUGUGGAGUUGUGGAAUAUGGACUCGUGUUUAAAAGUGGCUGAUUGCAGAGGACAUUUAAGUUGGGUUCAUUGUGUGAUGUUUUCUCCUGAUGGAUCAUCAUUUUUGACAUCUUCUGAUGACCAGACAAUCAGGCUCUGGGAGACAAAAAAAGUAUGUAAGAACUCUGCUAUAGUGUUAAAGCAAGAAAUAGAUGUUGUGUUUCAAGAAAAUGAAGUGAUGGUUCUUGCAGUUGACAAUAUAAAACGCCUGCAGCUCAUUAAUGGAAAAACAGGUCAGAUUGAUUAUCUGACUGAAGCUCAAGUUAGUUGCUGUUGCCUAAGUCCACAUCUUCAGUACAUUGCAUUUGGGGGUGAAGAUGGAGCCAUUGAGAUUUUAGAACUCCUAAACAACAGAAUCUUCCAAUCCAGGAUUGGGCACAAGAAAACUGUUCAGCACAUCCAGUUCACAGAUGAUGGGAAGACUCUUAUUUCAAGCUCUGAUGAUUCUUCAAUUCAGGUAUGGAAUUGGCAAUCAGAAGAAUACGUCUUUCUACAAGCCCAUCAGGAAACAGUAAAAGACUUUAAGCUCUUGAAAAAUUCAAAACUGCUUUCUUGGUCAUUUGAUGGAACAGUGAAGGUAUGGAGUAUUAUUACUGGAAGAAUAGAAAAAGACUUUGUCUGUCACCAGGAUACAGUACUUUCUUGUGAUAUUUCUCCUGAUGCUACCAAGUUUUCAUCUACAUCUGCUGACAAGACUGCAAAGAUUUGGAGUUUUGACCUUCUUUCCCCUCUUCAUGAAUUGAGGGGCCACAAAGGCUGUGUACGCUGCUCUGUCUUCUCUGUGGACAGUACUCUGUUGGCGACUGGAGAUGACAAUGGAGAAAUCAGGAUAUGGAAUGUCUCAAAUGGUGAACUGCUUCAUUUGUGUGCUCCGAUUUCCGUAGAAGAAGGAGCUGCUACGCAUGGAGGUUGGGUGACUGACCUUUGCUUUUCUCCAGAUAGCAAAAUGCUUGUCUCUGCUGGAGGAUAUCUUAAGUGGUGGAAUGUUGUCACUGGGGAGUCCUCACAGACCUUCUACACAAAUGGAACCUGCCUUAAGAAAAUAUACGUGUCCCCUGACUUCAAAACAUAUGUGACUGUUGAUAAUCUUGGUAUUUUAUAUAUUUUACAGAUGUUAGAGUAAAGUAGUUAAGGAUUAAUGUAAGUUGAACUCUUUUUAAUUUUGAAUUGCAAAAAAUUCUAGUGAAACUCUCUGUAUUUCGACUUUUUGUAAAGCUGUGAAUGGUUUUGCAGUUAAUGCAUUCAUUACAAACGUGUUUGUGGUUGGAUGAAUAAUAUUAAUGUAGCUUUUUCCCAAAUGAACACACCUUUAAUCUUGUUUUUCAUAAUCAUCAUCAUUAUUGUUAACAGUUUGUCCUUAAGAUGCAAAUGAAAAUGUAAAUACGUACCUUGUUAUACUGUUGGUAAAAUUCUCUCUUGAUGCAUUCAAAUUGGUUGACAUAAUUAAUGAGAAUAAUUCGGAGGCAAUAUGUAUUUUAAUGCUAUUAUUAUGCAGGGUGUGCCUCAGGGUAGCAGACCUGCUUUCUGAACCACAUUUACCCCAAGGGGGAUAGUUCUCCCAAUUAUAAUCUUGGCGCUUAUUUGCACCCCUUAAAUUUGCUUUAAGAAUAUUCCAGUUUGCCUGCACAGUUUGCAACAUUUCUUUUAAUUCACUCGAUCAGUGAGUGUUGGAUUUCAGAAGUUCUUUGAAGGAAAAGUUCUUUUGAAGCAAAAAUUAUACGUGUUGAAGAGAAUAGAUUUUAUUGGUCUACCUUUUCCUCACUAGCUGAUGGCAGCUCUGUGCUGCGGCUGGACUCCAGUGGUCAGUCUCUGAGUUGGGUGCUGUCCUGCUUACUCUGGUUUUUUAUGUACCAGACUUGUUACUUGACUGAACUUGACCUUUCUUAAUCCUCACUUUCUUUUUGUUCUUUUUUUUUUUUUUUUAAGCCAUGAUUCUGCAGUUGAAUUUUUGUAGAUUAGAAUAUUUGGGGAGGAGCCAGUUUUCAUUAUAAGUUUUACAAGAAUUUUUCGAAGAAAUAUAGUAAAAAAUUUCUUCUAAGUCUGUUUACUCAGAUGAACGGCAUUGUCAAUGCUGUUUUCAGUGAAUUUCAAGAGAAUUCUCUAUGGUUUUCUACUCAGUAACAGAAGAAUCAUAGUGACUCUGGAAGAUGUCACUUUUAAUCUACCAACUCUUCUAUUUUCCUUCUCCUUUUCUCCUCCUUCUUUCCUCCCUCUUGAUUCCUCCCUCCAAGGUUAAUCAGGAAACAUAGCUCUUGACAGGGAAAAAGUACAUCAAGCAUCAGUAACUAGCUUUUUUUUAACCUCCUGAUUAGGAACUUUAAUUGCAGUUUAAAUCUUCAUUUCCCCUGACAAUAUAUUGUUAAGGGAAAUGGCAAUAAAUUAAUAAUAGUUGUGGGUCAUAUAAGAAAAUAACCAAAAUUCAAAAAUUUUGCUGCUGCAAAAGAAACUAAAUCAAAUGAGUAUUAGUGUUAAUAGUAGGUAAGUAGUGAGCUGUUUCUGUUGUUGAUGUGUAUUAGAUGUGGUGUAGGUAGCGGGGGCCUAGACCACUCCAGAUGUAUUUUAGAUUAAAUAUUACUAUUUAGCAUUUAAGGGAGCCAUAAAUAGAAUUCUUAAGGAGGUUUGGCUUUUGGUUUUUUAUGAUGGGUUGAGGAACUAGUAUGUAGGCUUACUGUGAUUUAAGCAAAUGUGAUGUGAAAAUCUUAAUUUUAUGAAAAGAUUUUUAUAAAUGAUAUGUUGUGUUAGAGUAUCCAAAUCAUAAUUUGAUUUGCAUACAGUGUUUAGGAACUUGAUUAUAACUCAGAGUAUAAAGUAUUAACUUUUAGAAUUAAAAGCCACUUGCUAUUAAAGUAUAUAGGCUUUUUAAAAACCUUGAUUGGCUUCUGUCUUUAAAAUAAAAAUAGAAUUGGGAAGAAAAGGUAACAUGACAAAAAGGCAAGGUAAAAAACAAGGUAACUUGGAGGAAGAAGAGAAGCCUAGUAUAGUGGAGCUGCAUGUUUCAGGGCAGCUCAAAUGGUCAGUCAAGGGGAGGGUUUUGUUUUGUGCUUGCAGAUGAGCAUUUUUUCAAGCAUUUUCCUUUGUUUUAUUUUUUUGUAAUGGAAAUUACAUUGCAUUUUGUAUAUGUAAAGGUUUUUUACAUUGUGUGUGUCUUGUAUGUUUUGAAAACUGUUUUGUAUUUAUGAUAGGUCACAUGAUUUUUUUUUUUUUUGCUUCGGUAUACAUUUUAUUACAUGAAGUAAAAAACAUUUUAUAAAAAAUAAAAUUCCUAAAAUAUUUUUGAAAAACAUUUUCAGAUUGUUUCAGACUCCUUGCUUGUCCUUUGUUGAUUAGAAAACAAAUGUGACAGAUUCUUCAAACUAAAGCCAUCAUCCUUUCUAGUAAUGCUUUAUCAACUAUGUCUAAUUCAAAUUUAUUAAAAUUUUAUCUCCUCAGUUUAUCUCUGAUGAUUGCUACCUGGUGUGACUGGCACGGGAAAGAGCCUGUAAAGAAGAGAAUUCAUUUAUGUAUUUUUUUAAAAGAUUUUAUUUAUUAUUUGAUAGAGAGCACAAGCAGGGGGAGAGGCAGAGGGAGAAGCAGGCUCCCCACUGAGCAGGGAGGCUGACGCAGGGCUCGAUCCCAGGACCCUAUCCCAGGACCCUGAGGCAGAUGCGAAACCGACUGAGCCACCCAGGCGCCCCUCAUGUAUUCAUUCUUUCAUUCAGUAAAUAUUUAUUGAGAUCUACCAUGUGCCUGGCAUUUUUGUAGGAAUUGGGGAUAUAGAAGUGAGCCAAACGGUCUUUUUCUUACUGCAGUUUAGGGCCAAGGAGAGGCAGAAAGAAAGUAAAUAAGUAGAAAGUAUAGCCUAUUAGUUGAUACGUUUAAGUGGGGAGGGGAGAAGCAUUAGAGUUUUAGAUGGAGUUGCUCACUGAGAAGGUGACACUUCAGUACAGACCUGAAAGGUGAGGGAGUGAGUCAUCCAGGUAUCUGGAGAGUUUCCUGAGUGAGAGUUCAGUGAGUGCAAAGACAGAACAGUGGAUGGGUUGCUCCGUUACAGAGCGGGCAAGGAGGCCAGUGUGUGGCUGGAGAAGACUGCGUGGGGGGAGUGUAACAAGAGGUGCGUCACCAUGCAGGGCCUCCUAGGCUACUGUAAGGACUUUUACUCUGAGAUGGGAACUACUGGAGGAGUUUGGGCAGUGGAGUGAUCUGACUUAAGGUUUAAUUGGCUCCUCUGGCAGUGGGAAAUUGAGAAUAAGUUGAAAAGGGGGACAGGCAAGGGUAGAAGCAGGGGUACCAGUGAGAAGCUUUUGCAAUAAUUUGGGCAAAAUGAAGGCAACCAGACUAGGGUGGCAGCAGUAGGGGUUGUGGCAGUUGGAUUCUGGAUAUAUUUUAAUGAUAAGAGUUAAUAGGAUUUGCCAGUGGAUGAGAGAGACAAAUUAAGAAUGAUACCAAGGUUUUGGCCUCUUUGGCUUGAGCUAUUGGAAGAUUAGCGUUGCCAUUAUCUGAGAUGAAGACGGUUAUGAAAGGAGCGGGGUUUUGGACAUAGUAAGUUUGAGAUGGCCAUUAGACAUCCAAGUGGGGCUGUUGAGUAGGUGUUUGGGUAAAAGGGUCUGGCGUUCAUGGAAAAAAUCUGUGAUGGGGAUAUAAAUCUGAGAAUCAUUAGUGAAUCCAAUGUAUUUAACACCACAGGAUUGGAUGAGAUCAGCAGUGAAACACAUGUUGAUAGACAAGAUUGGAGUCCUAAGCCAGAGUCCAGGGCAGGCUGAGGUUGGUGAGGUGAGGGAGCAGCACAGAGACUGAGAAGGACCACAAAGAACAAGAAUUGCUUCAUGAUGUGGCAAUUACCAGCCCAGGGACACUGUUCCACCCGUCUGUUCCCCUACAUGCUGCCAACACCUAUAGAGAAGAGGACUGCUGACCUCUUGGUGGUUACCAAAGAUAAAGAGGGGCCAGAUUAGCCCAGUUGAAGCAUUACCAUCUAAAAUUCCAGCCCAAACCUUUCUUCAGGAAACCUGCCCUCUCUGCCUCUGUGAAUGGCAUCCCCUCUCAGGGGUUACGGCUGGAAAGUCUUGGUUGCACACUUUCUGUCACUGGUGCAGAAAGAACGUCCCCAGGAAUGGCCAGCGGCCUUUCGCCCAUGACAAGGCCACACAAACAGAGCAGUCUUCCUCCUGGGCUGGGUGGAAACUGAGGUGCGAAGGGAAGCCUGCUCCGGGACUGCUCAGCGUGCAAGGCACCGCGAGGACAGGAGGAUGGUGAGUAUCAGAAAAUUGUGGUUUCAUACUUGGUAUUAAUUCCUCUCUUGGCUUCUUGUCCCGGCUCCACGAUCCACGGCAGAUUGGCCAAAGUCUUUUGCUCAGAUGGGUCGAUCUGCUUUAGAACAGAAAGGCUGAUGCCUGUUAUACGGUACCUGUACCAGGGUGCAAACAUGCUUCCUAACACUUCUUGGAAACCAGUACUAGGCCCUGACAGGACUGCAGUCCCGUCACAGACCAACAGGGGGAGAUAGAUAAUGAACAAAUCUCCAUCAAUAAAUGCUACACAGAAUUAAAAGCAGGUAUACAGUUGAUUGUGACUGGGUAUCUACCUCAGAAUGGAUGGCCCAGGGAAAGCCUCUUCAUGUAACUGAGACCUGAAUGACAAGUGGGAAUGAGCUGUGCAGAAAGAUGGGGGAUACUCUGCUAGGUGGAAGUAACAGGUGACACAAAGGCCUCAGGUAGGAAUAAGCUUUGGUCUGUUCCAGAAAUAGGAAGGCCUGAGCAUCAGAGAGAAGCAUGGUGGGAAAUUAGGUUUAGGUACUUGGGGCAGUGGUGCCAUGAUCUGAUGUGUGUUUUAGGAUCACUCUGGUUGCAUAAGGAAGACUGUUAGGACACGUACUGCAAUAGUUCUGUAGAGCAUAGUGGUGGUAGCCUGGAUGAGAAGAGUGAGGAAAUGGAGAGGAAUGGGUGGAUCGGAGACAUGUUUUAGGGGUUGAGUAGAUGGAAUCUGCUCAUGUGUUGUACACCGUGGUUGGAGGAAGACAGGAAUUAAGGAUGACCUCUAGAUUAAUGGCUUGAGCAACAUGGUGAAUGGUUAUGCCAUUUACUGAGCUGGGAAAGACAGAGUAUAAAUAGCUUUGAGGGGAAAAACAAGAAUUCUGUUCUGGGGACUUCCAGGGAAGAUGGCAGGGGAGGAGAAUCCUAGGCUCACCUCAUCCCAUGGAUACAUCUAGAGAACACCCCCAUCAGUGUAAAUAACCCAGAAAAUGACCUAUAGAUUGGCAGAAAAGACUUUUCACAGCUAAAUGUAAAAAAGAGCCCACAUUGAAGAGGGUGGAAAGGGCAGAGAUGCAGUUGGGAGCCAGACACCUGCAGGAACUAAAGGAGGGAUCCUGUGGGUGCAGAGGGGGAGAGGAGCAGACCCCACACCACGCACCCCAGGCACAGAAGACAUGCACUGGGAAGAUGAAUUCCUGUAAUAUUUGACUUUGAAAACCAGAGGGACUUAACAUCAUGAGUUCUUACAAUCAGUGGGGCAUAUCACACCUGGAACUUUGAAAAUCAGUGAGCCAGAGAGUGACAGGAAACUGAGUCCCUGCCCUUAAAGAGGCAGCAUAACAAAUAGCCCCACCAAGAUACAGCAUAGAAGCAGCAGUUUGAAAAACACCUGGGGUAUACAGGAGGGAGGAAGAUUUGUUUACUAAUCUCAGAGCAUGUGCUGGAGGGGCCGAGGUCUUUGGGAGACUUCAAGAACAAGAGAACUGGCAAGCACCAUUUCCCUCUCCUACCCCCUAGCCUGGAUAUGGGUACACCUGUGUGAACCACUGCAGCAAGAACUCUCUCCACCUACCUUGCUAACAGCAUGCCCUGCCCCCAUGCUCUCCUGUGGACCCACCCCCCAAUCUGGCCUUGCGAGUCCAUCCAGAGCAACGCCACAAGCAUGGCAGGAUACAAGCAGCCCUGACAGGGGUCAUCACCACCUCAAAGGGACUUCUGCCCUGGGGGAAGGGGAAUAAAACCACACAAGCAAUCUGACUGUGGCCCCAGGAGUGGGCUGGGGGCAGGUAUCUGGUCUGACUGCAGGACCCACUCACCAACAAAAACUCAGGGGACAACACAGGGAGAAUGCUUUGCAGAGCACUGCUCCUGCAGCUCUGGAAAAUACCUGGUCUAACCCAACUCAAGCCCAAGGCUGCCCCACACUGGCCCACUAACAACACAGGGAACCAAACCCUGCCCACAAUAGGUAAAGAGAGCCACAGAAGACAACUGGACUGAAGGCAAAAGCAGCUCAACCACAACAGUAAGGUGCACACAACACACAUAGGGAAUACCCCAUAAGUGCCAGGUUCUGAUGAAGAGGGGACAUUGCACUGCAGGGCACUAUAGGACCUCUUGUUGAUAAGGCCACUACUUUCAAGAGCAAGAGACAUAGCUAACUUUCCUAACACACAGAAACAGACACAGGGAGUUAGACAAAAUGAGGAAACAGGAAUAUGUCCCAAAUGAAAAGAACAGGACAAAAUCACAGCAAGACAACUAAACUCUUGGAGAUAAGUAACGGAGAUAAUAUGCCUGAUAAAUAAAUAAAGGUCAUAAAGGUACUUACUGG